AUCAUCGAUCGCUCACAGCACUGCAAUCGACAAUCGCUUGUUGUUGUUUUUAGCGACGAAAUAAAAUCAAUAAAUAGCUGUGUUCAAUUCUAAAUAGUUUAUUCAAAAGUGGAAACGUUUGAUAUCGAACAGUAAUCACGAAAAGACCAUGGAGAAGCGAGCAUUAGUUUUGUUGUUGAUUAGUUUCUUUCCUGUGGCGUUGAUGCAGCAGCAGCAGCAACAGCAGCAGAUUGGUCGUAGAAAGAUUCAAAGUGAGACACGCAUCAAAUUACCCAGUGACAUUGCAUUUACGCACGAAAGUACCGGAGACAUUGAAGGUGAAGCUUGUUUCAAUUUGGUUCGACGCACAAAUGGCAUUUGUACACUUCCAAAUCAGUGUCCGGAGGCAAUACGGGAUUUCCAGAAAGGAAUUCAACCGCAAAUUUGUAAUUACAAAGGUCAUCUACCAAUCAUAUGUUGUCCGCGCUCACAAAAGCCGGCCAGUGUGCCAAUCGUGCAACCAGUCGCACCAUCGAAUAAUGUUUACUACCCAUCGACAACGACCACAACAACAACGACGACAGGUCCAACCGUAGCACCUCCACUGCAACCAAAACCAUCUUUAUCACCGCCAGCAGCACCAGCAGUUCCAUCUUAUGAAACUCGGAUCAGUGAGCAAAAAUGCAAACAGUAUAUGAAAUUGAUGAUUGAAGAAUCGGUCGUAACAACAUUCUCAUUGAAUCCGGAGAACAUUACAGUACAAACAACCAAGUGUGCCAAACCGAGCAGCGAAGGUUUCAUUGUUGGUGGAACGGCAACCGAACAUGGGGAAUUCCCACACAUGGCCAUCAUCGGAUGGCAGCAAGACGAAAAUGGCCCAAUUGAUUGGAACUGUGGCGGUUCAUUGAUAAGUUACCGCUUUGUUUUAUCAGCUGCUCAUUGUGUGUCAUGGCGUGGAAUCAAACCAAAAAUCAUCAGAUUGGGUUCUCAGAAUCUCAAACGCUCCGAUGAUCCAAACGUUGAAGAUUUCGGCAUUUUGCAAUCCAUUCGACACCCAAGCUAUCGACCAUCAUCGAAAUACAACGACAUUGCUUUGUUCGAACUGAGUCGAGACGUGCAAAUCAACGAUUUCAUUAGGCCAGCAUGUUUGUGGCAAAAAUUCGAUAUAAAAUACCCCAGUGGAAUAGCAACUGGCUGGGGAUUAACCAAAGAUCGUGGCCGUCCAUCGGACGAGUUACUUAAAGUGCAAUUGAAUUUCAUUACGAACGAGCGAUGUAACGGGUUUUACCAGCGAUUUGGUGCAUUGAAGAAUGGCAUUAUCGAUUCACAGCUCUGUGCUGGCGAUGAUGUUGAAGAAAAAGACACGUGUAGCGGCGAUUCAGGCGGUCCACUUCAAGUUGCAACACAAAAGUCAGCAUGUACAUAUCAUGUAAUCGGAGUAACGAGUUUUGGAAUGGGAUGUGGUAAUGGCUAUGGAGUUUAUACACGCAUAUCCGAGUAUUUGGAUUGGAUUGAAAGCAUUGUUUGGAAAAAUUCAAACUAAUCAUUAUUGGUAUCGGACGUGUGUGGGACAUUGAUUAUGUCCAGUGAACAUUAUUUUUUUUAUUUUAAGGGCGGCUUCAAUGAAAGAGAAGAAACAACUUUUUUUUUCAAACAUUCAUGUACUACUUUUUAUAUGCAUAACAUUUGCGUAAGAUAUAAUUUUCAGCUUUUGAAUAAAGAAAUGGCAAAAAUUCGAAAUGAAAAAAAA